AUGGUGCUCAACACCACCACCACCGUCCCCAAUAGUACUAAAACUUCCAUUGAAGAUGAUGACCUUCCCAACCCGUUCGGCGACUUGGGUCUAGAUCUCACGGACUCGGAGCUCCGAGAAACCGCCUACGAGAUCCUAAUCGGAGCUUGCCGGAGCUCCGUAGCCGGCAAGCCCUUGACUUACAUCUCUAACUCCGAGAAGAGCUUGGACAGGUCGGCGUCCAUGGCGUCAUCUUCAGGGCCGUCGUUGCAAAGGUCGCUGACGUCGACGGCUGCGAGCAAGGUGAAGAAGGCCUUGGGGUUGAAAUCAAAGAAGAAAGAUUUGGAAUCAGUGAAUCAAAACGCGGUGUCCUCUGUGGGGAAGGCGAAGAGAGCUGUGACGAUUGGUGAGCUGAUUAGGAUUCAGAUGAGGGUUUCGGAGCAGACUGAUUCGAGGGUCCGAAGAGCACUAUUGAGAGUCGCGGCUGGACAGCUUGGAAGACGAAUGGAGUCGAUGGUUUUACCACUGGAACUAUUACAGCAGUUCAAGUCUUCAGAUUUUUCUAGUCAGCAAGAAUUUGAAGCAUGGCAAAAGAGAAAUUUGAAGAUACUCGAAGCUGGAUUACUACUGCAUCCUCACUUACCUUUGGAUAAGGCAGGCACUGCUUCUCAACAGCUUCGACAGAUUAUUGACUUGGCCUCAGACAGGCCGAUGGAGUCCGGAAAGCACAGUGAAUCCAUGCAAGCUCUUCGGAGUGUUGUAAUGUCGCUUGCUUGCCGAUCAUUUGAUGGGUCUGUAUCGCAGACAUGCCAUUGGGCUGAUGGUAUUCCACUGAACCUCCGACUCUACCAAGUGCUUCUAGAAGCUUGUUUUGAUAUAAAUGAAGAAACAUCUGUUAUUGAAGAGGUUGAUGAGGUAUUAGAACUCAUGAAGAAGACUUGGGUAAUUCUUGGAAUCAACCAGAUGUUGCAUAAUCUUUGUUUUUCAUGGGUUUUAUUCCAUCGUUAUGUUGCUACUGGCCAAAUUGAAACUGACCUGCUCUUUGCUGCUGAUAAUCUCUUGAUGGAUGUCCAAAAGGAUGCGAAGGCAACAAAGGAUCCUGCUUACUCCAAGAUCUUGAGUUCUACAUUGAGCUCAAUAUUGGGUUGGGCAGAAAGAGGGCUUCUUGCUUACCACGGUUCUUUUUACAGGGGUAACAUUGAUAUAAUGCAAAAUGUAUUAUCCCUCGGAGUAUCAGCAGCCAAAAUAUUAGUAGAAGAGAUCUCUUCUGAGUAUCGUAGGAAGAGGAAUGAAGUGGAUGUAGCAUGUGACAGAGUUGACACUUAUAUCAGGUCUUCAGUGCGCAAUGCUUAUGCUCAGGCAAGUUUUCAUAUUUUUACUUGA